AUGAGCAUAAAUGAUGGGGAAACCGUCGAAAUCGCUCCUCGACCACCGUCUAAUAAUGCCGAGUUCUAUGAGAAUGGAUCGACUGGGAGUAGAGCUGCAAAUGUCGAGUGGGUGGAGAUUGUGGAGCCACAAUCGAGGCAGACUAUGUAUGCGAAUCUGGUGACAGGACAAUGUGCAUGGGAACCGCCAACAGGAGCAAAUGUGAAAACCACUCAUCAAAAUCAGUGGUGGGAAUUAUUCGAUUCGAAAACUGGACGUUACUACUACUACAAUGCUUCUUCUAGUGUCACGAAAUGGCAGAAACCAACAGGAACUGAUAUUGAUAUUAUUCCACUUGCGAAGUUACAAACGCUCAAGGAGAAUACAGAAGGCGGUGCUUCAGCUAAAAUACGUCGAACAUGUGAAACUCAAACAUCUCCAUCAGUUCGACGAGUAGCGAACAAAGUGGUGACUGGACCGGUUUUCGCACAGAAUAUUUCUCCCGAAACUGGAGUUGUCACGUUCAGAAGUAACAGUCAAAACUCGCAAAAUACGCUGAAUGGGAUGCAAAGCUCGUUUGAGUGGAUGUCACUUGACGAGGAGCUCAGCGAACGAGCAGCAAGCGAGUACGGAGCUAAUCCCCCCUCCACAAGAAAUGGCCCACCAUAUGGCGCAUUUCCAACUGCAGCAAGUGCAUCUUCUACACUAUCUCAUGCACCAUCUUCCGAUUCAAUUCCUGCACGUUCAUCUCGUUCCGCAUCACCUCCUGUUACUGGACGAAAGUCACUUUUCUCUUCCGUAACAUCUACAAAAAGCAAAAAUAAGAAUGGAUGGUCAAAAGAUGCUCCGAAAAAUUCACUGACUCAACCGGACAAUAAACAGUUGAGAAAGGAGACAACUGCAUUAUUCAAACUGAUUCAGUCUUAUAUGGGUGACAGAAAAAGUAAAACGAGUCCGGAACAAGUUGCAUUGUCGUUUUGUGAGCUGGCUGUGAAGAAACCAGAGAUUGCGGAUGAGGCAAUCGCUCUUCUGAUGCAACAAUUAUCAGAUAAUGAGAAACCGGAUAGUUUAAGACGAGGUUGGGAACUUCUCACAAUCGUUCUUGCAUUCAUCUUUCCCACCGAAACGAUCAGCGAAAAACUAAACGAAUUCCUGAACAAACACCUUGAUCCGAUAUUCGAUCUUCCUGAAGUUUCGACCUCAUACUUUUCACAACAAUGUAUAAAAAGGUUAAGCAAAGUGAUUGCGAGGCUGAAACCUACACUUUCGACUAUACAAGAAACUAAAAUUCACAUUUUCCGACCGCCUCUUUUCUCCGCUUCACUUGAAGAAUUGAUGCAAAUGCAAUCAGAGAAAUUUCCGGAGUUGAAGCUGCCAUGGUUGUUGACAACAUUGAUAGAAUUGUUGUAUCAAUCCGGAGGAAGAAGAACGGAAGGACUUUUCCGAGUAGCCGGUGAUCCUGAACAACUUGCCACCGCCCGUGGACAAUUGGAUGGGUGGCUUGCUCCUAAAAUGCACGAUGCCAACGUUCCUGCUGGUCUUCUCAAACUGUGGCUUCGACAAUUACCCGUUCCUCUGAUCCUUCCGAAUCUAUAUCAAAGAGCGCUGGUCGCAUCUGACACACCUGCCGAAGCAAUUCGCUUAGUGGAUUUAUUGCCGGAGAUCAAUCGACUAGUACUUGUCCGAGUGAUAGCUUUACUACAAGAUUUGAGUAGAGAGGAAGUUGUGGCGAAGACAAAAAUGGAUACAUCGAAUUUGGCGAUGGUUAUUGCACCCAAUAUUUUAAGAUGCGAAAGUGAAGAUCCUCGAGUGAUAUUUGAAAACACGCGACGAGAAAUGAGCUUUCUCAAAGUUCUCAUCAUCAACUACGACACCACCUUUAUACAGAAUGGUUACAAAAUGGACAUCGAAGAUAUCGUCGGAAGAGGUCCAGUGGGAAGCAGAGAUGCUGCUGAAAUCAAGAUCAGAACCCGCAAACAACUUCCAAAAGAAAAAGAAGAUGUCCCCAACGUGGAUUCAAUGGUUCCUGGAGUUGGGCAAAAAGUUUGGGUCCGUACAUGGGGUUGUUCUCAUAACACAUCCGACAGUGAAUACAUGGCUGGUCUACUUCAACAAGCCGGAUAUGAUGUUCUGAAAGAAGGAGAAGCUGCAGAUGUAUGGGUUUUGAACAGUUGUACAGUCAAGACACCGUCUGAACAACAAGCAAACAAUUUGGUUGUUCAAGGACAAGAGCAAGGGAAAAAGAUCAUUAUGGCAGGAUGUGUGUCACAGGCGGCACCAUCGGAACCAUGGCUACAGAACGUUUCAAUUGUUGGAGUUAAACAAAUCGAUAGAAUCGUCGAGGUUGUCGAAGAAACUCUCAAAGGAAAUAAGGUUCGUCUUCUAACUCGAAAUCGUCCAGAUGCUCUUCUCAGUCUUCCAAAAAUGCGUAAAAAUGAAUUGAUUGAAGUCCUGUCGAUUUCAACCGGAUGUCUCAACAAUUGCACAUAUUGCAAAACUAAAAUGGCCCGUGGUGAUCUUGUCAGUUAUCCACUGGAGGAUCUUGUCGAACAAGCAAGAGCUGCAUUCCACGAUGAAGGGGUCAAGGAAUUGUGGCUGACUUCAGAAGAUCUCGGCGCAUGGGGAAGAGAUAUCAAUUUAGUGUUGCCGGAUCUGUUGAAUGCACUGGUCAAAGUGAUCCCAGAUGGAUCAAUGAUGAGACUCGGAAUGACUAAUCCACCUUACAUUCUGGAUCAUUUGGAGACGAUGUCAUUUCCAAAAGACGAGUUCUCACUCUCUAUGGAUUGUAUUCGAUUGGGAGAUUCUUACGGCGAACCAUUCCGUCUCCUUGGAACCACUCACGACGGAAUUGCUUAG